AUGGGCUCCCUUUCUCCCCUCGAACCCCUCUUUACUCCCCUUCGCAUUGGCGCCUUUGCGCUGCAGCACCGUGUUGUCCAAGCCCCUUGCACGCGCAUGCGCUCAACCAAGGAAUCCGACGGCAUAUGGGUGCCCAACGAUCUGAAUGUGGAAUACUACGCCCAGCGCGCAUCUAAGGGGGGACUAAUGCUUUCUGAGGCAACUCCAAUCAGUCGUGAUGCGGCAGGAUACCCUGGCGUCCCCGGAAUUUUCACUCCGAGCCAGAUUGAGGGCUGGAGAAAAGUCACCAACGCAGUUCACACAAAGGGCGGGCUCAUCCUCUGCCAGUUGUGGCACGUUGGGCGGGCGACGACGCCCGGUUUUCUCGGUGGAAAGACGCCUCUUGCCCCGUCUGAUAUCCCCAUUUCCGGCAAGGCGCUGGAUGGGAAUGUGUAUGCCGAUGCGCCACCGCGUCCUAUGACCGUUGACGAGAUCAAAGAGGUCGUCUUGGAGUAUGCGGCGGCGAGUAAGAGGGCGAUUGAGGCUGGCUUUGACGGAGUGGAGAUUCAUGGUGGAAAUGGCUACCUUCUCGACCAGUUUCUACACGACAAUGUAAAUAACCGGACCGACGCCUACGGAGGCUCAAUUGAAAACCGGUCCCGGAUCGUCCUUGAAAUCAUCUCGGCCGUCACGGAAGCCAUCGGCGCAGAGCGCGUCGGGAUCCGUCUUUCCCCAUACAACUACUUCCAGGAUACACGGGACUCAAACCCACAGAAGCACUGGGGGUAUCUGUGCACUCAGAUCGCUUCACUUCCCGAGUCCAGCAGGCCAGCCUACGUGCACAUGAUUGAGCCGCGCUUCGACGAGAUCCUCGACGAGUCUGAAAAGAUCAGUGCCCUUGAGACAAUGCAAGAAGUCGUCAAGCCAUCUCUUGACGGGCUCAGAUCUUCUCUGAAGAAGGGGGGUGUCAGCUUCAUUGCGGCAGGAAAUUUCAAGCCAGAGAACGCCGGUGAGAAACUUAUAACAGACAGCGCGGAUGCUAUCGCUUUUGGCCGGCUUUUCAUCUCGAAUCCCGAUCUGCCACGACGAUUGAAGGAGGGUAUCGAGUUGACCAAGUAUGACCGGAGUACGUUCUAUGGCGCAACGCCCCCAGAGAAGGGCUAUACGGACUACCCUUUCGCUCAAUAG